AUGAAUUCCCAUCGCUCUCAGAGAAAUUAUAUAAUCUCUCCCUCGAUAGCUCUUUCCAGCGCCCCUCCCUCAAAACACCAACACCCUCCACCCCCUUCCUCCCCCCUUCUCUCUCUCUCUCUCUCUCUCUCUCUCUCUCUCUCUCUUUCCAGCCCUUGCUUCCCUGCUCUGCUUGUUAUUGUCCUUAUUCUUCUUCUUCUUCUCCUUCUUUUUCUUCUCCUUCAUCAUCUUCAUCCUACAGUUAUUUUGAUGCUUGAAAAGGGUAUCUCCAUAGCCAUGAAUGCGAGAAUCAUCGGUUCUGGUAGUCAGGACUUAAUUCUCGCACAUGGGUAUGGAGUAGACCAGUCUCUCUGGGACAAAAUCGUCCCAGAUUUGGCUGAGCAUUUCAGGGUUGUCGUUUUUGACUGGAUCUUCUCAGGUGCUGUUAAAGAAGAACAUCAACACCUUUUUGAUCCUGACAAGUAUUCUUCCUACGAUGCUUUUGCAGAUGAUUUGAUUUGUCUUAUAGACGACAUGAACCUGAAUUUACCACUAGUUUUUAUUGGCCACUCCAUGUCUGGUAUGAUUGGUUGCAUUGCUUCCAUUAAAAGACCUGAGCUUUUUAAGAGGAUUGUACUUAUUGGCUCUUCUCCCAGGUACAUAAAUGCAGAUGAUUAUGAAGGAGGGUUUAACAAGUCAGAGAUUGACGAUAUAGUCUCAAACAUAGAAUCAGAUUUCCAGAACUGGGUUCUAGGAUUUCCUUCUCUUGUAGUGGAUUCAGGAGAUCCUCUCUCAGUAGAAAAGUUAAGAAAAAGCUUGGCAAACAUGAGGCCUGAAGUUGCUCUCUCCGUUGCGAAAACAGUGUUCUUCAGCGAUGAAAGGGAAACUCUUGACAAGGUUUCGACCCCGUGCACUAUAGUCCAGACCACAAGUGACUUUGUAGUGCCAAACUCAGUUGCCUACUACAUGCGGGAGAAGAUUAAAGGGAUGUCUACGGUGGAGAUUAUAGAGACUGAUGGGCAUUUCCCUCACCUAACUGCUCACCAGCAGCUACUUGAUGUGCUAAGGGGAGUCCUGGGACUUUCUGGUACUUGAGUAUAUAUGCACUUAUAGCAUAUCUGUAUUUAGCUUCUCUUUUGUUUUUGUGUUUUGUAUCUUCUUCUGGUCCGUAGGAAGGUCCAAAAAUAAAUGUCCAUUGGGACUUUGUAUUGUGUAUUCAUAAUUUCAUAGAUGGGGUAGAAUAAGGUACAUUUUGUACUUCAUAAUAUGAUUUAAUAUAAUUAAUAAAAAUUUUAAUUA